GCACCGUGCUUGGAAGAAAGUCACUUCUUCAUUUAGAAGAUUUCAGAUGCUUCACACUUGAUUUGCUUUUUUUUUUUUUUUUGCCAGCACAAUGAAGGAAAUGUCCUGCUUCUGCUUGGCUUUUUCUUCCUUGUUGGAACAGAUGGUGAAGGCUUACAAAUACGUGACUGGUAUUUUUUUAGUGACUCAUAGCUCAGAGCCACAGGUUUCAGAUGCUGUUAAGAAGCUCACCAGGAUGGAUGUAAGCAUGCUUGAGGAGCAGUAUGACCAUAUAAAACAGAAGCAAAAACUGCAACCACACAUUAUUGUAUAUAAAACAGGUGGACAUGAAUCUGCUCUGCCAGAAUCAAUGAUCAACCCUGUUCUAAUUAACAAGAAAGUUAAAAGAUCAAAGUCAUGUAGAGGAGACGUCCCUGUCAGAAAGGUCCCACUGGAGACAACCAAGGGUGGCGACUCAGAAGAGGAUUUGCUAUGGCGCGUCCACCUGGGCAGGCACCGCCUGGGGCAGGCCCUGGGACAAGGAGGUUCCUGGGAUCUCUCCCACCACAGCAGCACACCAUGGAGUUUCGACAACCAGAGACUGAUUUCAAAGGGAAAUGGCACACUGCAGACCGAGGAAUCAGCAGGAGCAAGUGAACUGGCUGAGCUCAGGCAGCUGGGAAGCUCAAGUGUGUUGAACAGUCUCAGCAGAGAGAACGGCUGCAACAUUUCAAGCUCCUGCCAAAAGCCUCCUCUGAAAUCACCCACUGCAGCACUUUGGGCACAUCAGCACAUUUCUGCUACAAAAUGCAUGCCAGCCUGCAACAAACUGACCUUUUACCCUUUCCCAAAUAGGAAAGGGCCCAGAAUUUCUGAAGCUGCAAGGAGGCUUGGGUUGUAUGUCUCACAAUGAGGACAUUCAGUAAUACCUAAAUCUUAGUCAAAAAGUUGACUAAAAUUUAAAAUAGUAAAGCAGUCCUUCUAGUUGCACAGAUCAACCUGCUGAGGGUUUACUGCUAUUAUUAGCCAUGGAAGAUUCUGACUACAUAAUCUUUAAUAUCUUUAUAAUUUUUAACAUAUAAUUUCAUCAUUCACUUUCAAGAUACUCAAGAUAAUUUCUGAUGUAUUUUUAAAUCAAUCAAU